AUGUCGCGCCCGAAACAGCACAUAGUCUUCCUGACGGGGCCAACGGGGUCCGGCAAGACCACCAUAGCAAAGUAUCUCACAGAAUCCCUCCACAUGAACUUCAUCGAGGGCGACGAUUACCACCCCAAAGAAAACGUGGAAAAGAUGCACAGGGGCGAGGCCCUCACCGACGACGACCGCUGGGGCUGGCUCGACAGCCUCCGCGACGAGGCCCUCCGCGAGCUGGAGAGCGACGGCCUGCGCGGUGUCGUCGUGGCCUGCUCCGCGCUGAAGCGGGCCUACCGCGACGUCCUGCGCGGCGCCUCCCAUCCGGAGAAGGACAUCUUUGUCAACUUCGUGACCCUCCACGCCCCCGAGGAUGUGCUGUUCGAGCGCGUCAAGAAUAGGCACGGCCACUUUGCCGGCGCCAAUCUCGUGCACAGCCAGUUCCAGAGCCUGGACCCGCCACAGGAGGACGAGGCCGACGUCGUUGGUAUCGACGUGCAGCCGCCGAUGGAGGAGGUGGAGAGGGACGCGCUGGAGAGGCUGGAGGAACUGCUGAGCAGGUGA